AUGGCACAUCCCUCACAACUAGGAUUCCAAGACGCGGCCUCCCCUGUAAUAGAAGAACUUCUCCACUUCCACGACCACGCUUUAAUAAUUGUUUUCCUAAUUAGCACCCUAGUAUUAUAUAUUAUUGUAGUUAUAGUUACUACUAAACUUACCAACAAAUACAUUUUAGAUUCACAAGAAAUCGAAAUUGUCUGAACAAUUCUACCAGCAGUAAUUUUAAUUUUAAUUGCUCUCCCCUCACUUCGUAUUCUUUAUCUAAUAGACGAAGUAAACGACCCACACUUAACUGUAAAAGCCAUGGGACACCAAUGAUACUGAAGCUACGAAUACACAGACUACGAAAAUUUAGCUUUCGACUCAUAUAUGGUUCCAACACAAGACCUGGCCCCCGGUCAAUUCCGACUACUUGAAACAGACCACCGAAUAGUGGUCCCAAUAGAAUCCCCAAUUCGAGUCCUAGUAUCAGCUGAAGACGUCCUACACUCAUGAGCCCUCCCAGCACUAGGAAUUAAAAUAGACGCUGUACCAGGACGACUAAAUCAAACAUCUUUCAUCACAUCCCGACCAGGGGUGUUCUAUGGACAAUGUUCUGAAAUUUGUGGCGCCAAUCACAGCUUUAUACCAAUUGUUGUAGAAGCCGUCCCACUAGAACAUUUUGAAAACUGAUCCUCCCUUAUACUUGAAGACGCCU